UUUAUAUGUGCAGUAAAGUAUCAGUUUAGUUCAGAGUUUAUGAAUAAAAUGUAUGAGAGAGAUUAUUACUAAGCCUCUUCUACCCAGCCCUCCCCUCUAUGGGUGUAAUUGUGUAUAAAUGGAGCCUAGCACAGGCUGCUUUGAUGACUGAGAUUGUAAAUAAAGGUACUCUUUAAACUUUCUCUUCAUAAAUUUUGGCUUAACAGCAUGGACACAUUGGGAUUGAUCAUUUUUACUUUACUGCUGCUUACAGCUAGCAAAGCAAACGAUACAAAUGUUCAUGGCUGGACAUGUGGCUAUCGAGGACUUUGUAGAAAGCAGUGCUAUGCCCAAGAAUACAUGGUGGGUUACCAUGGCUGCCCUCACAGAUACAGGUAAUACACAUUAAUUCAAAAGGUAUUAUUAGCACAUCAAAUUUCAUUUCCUAUCCAAUCCAUAAAGUGCUCAAAUUUAUUAGCCAAUAUAUUUCUGACAUAAUUAUUCUAUUUCUAUCUAAACCUCAGUGUUUAUGCUAAACAGAUUCAAAGGCUUAUAUGAACUACACAUAUCUCUGCUCAUUUACAGAUGCUGUGCUUUGAGAUUUUAACAAGUAUUGAUCGAAUCCACUCCUGAAGAGCUGUUACUCCUACUCUAUCUUGCCUUGUCGUAUAUAAAAGGAAACUUGCAAACAUACACACACGAUAAAUGCUUCUUUGCUUAUACAUAGCAAAUUAAUUUUAAAACCCAGAUAUUUUAUGUUAGGUGAAUUUAGUAAAAAUAUGUUCAGAGUAUGUAUUUAUUAAACACCUUAAUUAUAAUAAAUAAAACAAGAUUGUGUUUAGUUCAUGCAGAAGAUUAACAUUGUAUACCUUUUGCAUAAAUUCAGACAUGAAGCUUAUGUAAAAGUAUUGUGUUUAUUUUCAUAGAAAUGCUAAUGACGAAAUUGUUUAAAUAUUAGUUAUAUGGAGCAUUUAACCAAUGUACAGUUAAAAUUUCCAAACAAAAAUGGCAUUUGGCAAACGGCAAAGUGAUGCAGUAGAAGAAAAGCAU